UCUGCUUUCCCCUGUGACUGACAGCUAGGGCUGACUGACAGCUAGGGCAGGGGGAAGCCUAGGUAUAUAUAAGACAGGGGCUCCACCCGUCCCCACUAUAGCAUCCCCCUCACUCUACAAGCUGGGCAGCCUCGCUAUGGAGAACAAACGAGUGUUUUUUGACAUAUCCGCAAAUGAUAUUCCCCUUGGUCGGAUAGUGAUGGAGCUCCGGUUUGAUGUGGUGCCCAAGACUGCAGAGAACUUUCUCAAGCUAUGCACAGGGGAGUGUGGCUUCGGUUACAAGGGCUGCACUUUCCACCGCAUCAUCCCCAGCUUCAUGUGUCAGGGAGGUGACUUCACAAACCACAAUGGUACUGGGGGUAAGUCCAUCUAUGGUGGCAAAUUUGAGGAUGAAAACUUCAAUCUGAAGCACAGUACACCGGGUGUCCUCUCCAUGGCCAAUGCAGGGCCGAACUGCAAUGGUUCCCAGUUCUUCAUCUCAACCAUAAAAGCUGAAUGGCUGAAUGGAAAGCACGUGGUGUUUGGUCAUGUGGUUGAGGGGAUGGAGGUCGUCAAGAAGAUGGAAAGCUAUGGAUGUAACAGUGGGAAAACCAGCAAGAAGAUACUUAUCUCUGACUGUGGGGUCCUUGAAGAGUCACCCUCUGCGUGACCAACCAAAAGUGUCUCCGUACGCUCGUAUACAUAACUCAGUAGAGUUUGGCCACACCGCUUUGCUGUUAAAAGACACAACCCAUGCUGAUUCUGACUUCUGACAGAUAAUACGACGCAACUCUAUGCAUGUGUGGCAGCAAUGCUUGACCAGAUUCCUGUAGCUGGGUGCAUACUUGUUCUACUCUCACCCAUUCCUUGUUAAAUUUGUCUCCUAACACAGUGCUACUUUGGUUGUGCCAUCCACUGCUGAAUCCUUGUUCUGCCAAUAUAACAAAGAUCCCCCAGCAAGCAAUUGCAAAGAUGAACUUAAAUAUUCUCUCUCUCUCUCUCUCUCUCUCUAUAUAUCACGUGGGGAAUCUCAAGGUCCUGGGCUUAUGGACAGCUUCUUUUCUUUACAUUUAUUUCUGUUAACCAAGAAAAGAGUUUUUCAAAGGGUAUUUUCUUAGAUCCCCUCACUGAAGUCUCUUUUCUUUAGUGUCUGUGGAUUGUUUAUGUUCUACAACCACUGCUGGGAAAUAGAGGUAACUGCAAAAAUGUCGCAAAGUUCAUUGUAAACAGCCCUGACCAGAAGCAGGCUAUUAUUAGCCACUUGUCUGCUGCAGAAUCGAAACUGUGUGGUGCUGGCAUAUUCACAAAUGCAAAAAAUAAACCUCACUGAAACUCCAA